GAAAGUUCAUUUAAAAAGGACAAGCUUACAAAAUGGAGUGUUUGAUUUGAAUUUAUUCGUUACAUUGUGGUCGACAUUCGACGAGGUUUGUGAGACGCUACGGUCAGCAUUGCACACGUGUAAAGGUCGUGGAAAGUUUCGUUGAACGGCAGUGAAAUAGUAUUUAUCUGAUAUAUUUCAUUAUCCUCAAUGGAGAAUUUCAUAAAAAUUGAGAAAAUUGGAGAAGGUACAUAUGGAGUGGUAUAUAAAGGAAAACACAAAAAGACAGGAGAAAUUGUAGCUAUGAAGAAAAUUCGUCUAGAAAGUGAUGAUGAGGGAAUACCAUCAACCGCUAUCAGAGAAAUUUCAAUACUGAAAGAAUUAAAUCACCCAAACAUUGUAAGUUUAAUCGAUGUGUUGAUGGAAGAAGCUAAAUUGUAUCUUAUUUUUGAGUACCUAACUAUGGACCUGAAAAAAUAUAUGGAUACUUUAGGCAAUAAACUAAUGGAGCCAGAAGUUGUCAAGUCAUAUUUAUAUCAGAUUACACGUGCAAUUCUAUUUUGUCAUAAACGCAGAAUACUACAUCGUGACUUAAAGCCGCAAAAUUUGCUCAUUGAUAAAAAUGGAGUUAUUAAAGUGGCAGAUUUUGGGUUAGGAAGAGCAUUUGGGAUUCCAGUUAGAAUAUAUACACAUGAAGUAGUGACUUUGUGGUAUAGAGCACCUGAAAUUCUCCUUGGUGCUACUAGAUAUUCCUGUGCGAUCGAUGUAUGGAGUAUUGGGUGUAUUUUUGCAGAGAUGACAACAAAAAAGCCACUGUUCCAAGGAGACAGUGAGAUAGAUCAGUUGUUUAGGAUAUUCCGAAUAUUAAGAACUCCUACAGAAGAAAUUUGGCCAGGGGUCACACAAUUAUCGGAUUACAAAGCGACAUUUCCAAAUUGGAUGACAAAUAAUUUGGAAUCGCAAGUGAAGAAUUUGGAUUCAAAUGGGCUAGAUUUAUUAAAAUCUAUGCUCACUUAUGAUCCUGUGUACAGAAUUUCCGCACGAGCGGCAUUGCUGCAUCCUUAUUUCAACAACAUAGAUAAAGGCAAAAUACCAGCUGCAUGAGACGCUCUUUCAUGAGAACGAAAGUUCGUUCGAUUUAUUCAACUUUCAAGCAGAAGUGUUUUAAUUGAUAAUAAUACGAAUUAUUUUACAUACAUUCUAUAUUUUAUCAGGUCACAUUUAAAUUAACAGUUAACGUUACAUGUUCUCGAAUUCAUGUUUUACUUGCUUUUAUAUUUAGUUUGCUUCAUUGUAUAAUAUUACAUAACAUCCCACUCGCAGUUUCUGCACACUGUUUCUGGAUGAAAAGGAUUUUCAAAAUUCUUUUUUGAAAAUUUUUAAAGAGUCAACUUUCCUGGGUACAUCAUACCGAUGGUAAAAUCUGAUCAUUCCACCUUAUUCCUUUAUACAAUUUAUAGUUGUAAAUGGACCAACAGAACUGAUAUCUUGUUAAACAAGAUUUCAUUAUAUACAUGUAUUUCAUUACAUACUCAUAACUAAACAUAUUACAUAGGUGCCUUAGGAGAAAAUACACUUCU